CUUAUGCACAUCUCUGAUCUACCACAUUGUAUCCCCUCCAUCCUCCAAUUCUUGAUCAAAUGGAUAAUCAUUUGAUACUUUCAAAUCACUCCCAAUUGACCUCUUAUUUGAAGAGCAACUUAUAUUUCAUUAUGCCUAUCUCACUCCUCUAUUAUUUUCCAUCAUCACCUUGACCUCAUGAAUUGAUGAUGUAUGUCAAUAUAUUCAUCCUUGUGAGUAUAUGGUUACUUCACUCACCAUCUCUCCUAGCCUUGCUCUACCAUUGUCUAAAUCACCAUCACCACCAUCAUCUCUUGGGCACAUCUUUUAUCAGGUCAGAAUGUCACCACCAUCUACUUUAGCACCCUUGUGCAUUAGUAUCACUUUGCCUAAAAUUGUAUAUCUUUUUAGGCCACCAUUUUAGUAAUUUGUGAGGCACUCAACCUUGGGUGUCAUGCAUGUGUAGCAAUUAUCUCUUGUUGAUCACUUGUGCAUGGCCAAAAAUAUGUGGCCGGCCAUGCCAUGGCACACAUGCAUCAUGCCUCUCCAUUUCCCUCUCUCUCACAUAAUUACUCCACCUUGGGAUGCCUCUCCUCCUUUGUCCCUUCCCAAUGCCACAAAUAAAUUCAGCUUGGGUCAAAUAUCUCUUCCCCAAACCAGCCUCCCAACUAACCCAAUCAAUGAAGAGGCUACCUCCCAACCAACCCAAUCAAUGAGGAGGCAGCCCACCCCCUCUCCCUCUAUAUAAAGGGGCUUGGCAGCCCACCCCCUCCUCACUUGCUCUCACUUUUCCACUCCCCACUCUCUCCUCCACUCCCACACACUCUCCUCCUACCUCUCCCCACGAAAUUGCUGCUCCUCCUAGCUUCAUGGCCGGCCAUGGCCAUGGAAAGCUCACCAAGAUGCAGCUCCUUCCUCCCUCAAGCUCAUCCUCACCAUGAGAGCCUCCCCCUCCAUCUUCUCCCCAACCUUAGAUGGUUUAAUCUCCUCUUCUUCUCCCUCCUUUGCUAAGAUUGGAUCUUGAUGCAGGUGCAUGUUGGUCCAAGCAUGGAGAAGGUUGAGCUAUCCUCAGAUCUGAAGUUCUUGAGCAAAAUCCAAAUCGAGUGGCUCAAAGUUCUACAGAUAGAUCAAGAUCUGGUCAGAUCUGACUUUGUCGAAUUAAAUCAGGAGCUUGGGAACGAAUUUUUGAAUGAAACCAGUUGGGGGAUAUUUGGUUUAUACCAUGGUGAUAACCGAGAGAGGCAAUUGCUAAGUUGUGACGCACUCAUACCUCUACUAGAUGCGAACAAUUCCGGAGAAGAAGAAGAAGUGGUUCGGACAAGGAUUUUAUUUAUAUUGACGGGAUUCUUAUAUUGAUGAAGUUGAAGAAGUCCAGGGAAAAAUAAGCCAAGGCAAGCCAUCUUUUGAUCUCUGUUUUGGUGUCUAGUUGGAUGUCAUUUGUUGAUGUCCAAAGCACCUUGAAUUCUAUGUGUGUUAUUCUCUCUAUUUAUGUCAUCUAUGUGUGUUUCCAAGUGGGGUACUCCCUAGUGGUGAUACUCCACCUUUGUCUUGUGAUUAUGGGAUACAUGGCAUCAUGGCCGUGCUACUCCCAUUGGUUAUCAUGUAUGCCCAACUUGAGCAUGCAUAAUCUCAAGAAAAUAACUUACAUCACACCCACCCCCUUUGUAGUAUAGAGGUGUCUAUGUCAUGAUCUUGGUGUAUUCUCCAAUUGAGAGGAGUAUGCCGUGCACCCUAUUGGAGAGUAUG